AUGAAUCUAUUUCUCAUAUUUUCUAUAUUCUUCACACAAAUCCAUGCUUUUACAUGGAAAAACGCCGAGGCGACAAAUGAGUGGAUUUUGACGCCAGAAGCAAUGAAAACGAGACAGUACGGUUUAUGCUCGAAAAGAAACGGAGAGCUACACGCGUACAAAAUUCGCCAUCAUCAUCAUCACACCGAUGACGAAUGCGAGCGAGAGAUCGCGCUCGCCAAGACGACAAACGCCAUCAACGAGACUGGAUGGGCUCAUUUGGAGGUAGAGGUGCACGAUCAAGCUCUUCCACUUUGGCUACAGGGAUAUGCGGCUGGAUUUGUGGAAGGCCGAGCGACGAGAAAGCUCAUCGGAAUGCACAUCCGAAACACUGUCGACGGCUACUGUGAUGGAGCUGAGGAAUAUUGCAAGAAACUCUACACUUUUCUAUUGGAGAACAUGCUCUGGAUGGAGCAUAUGAUUGCGCAAAACCCAGAGGACAUCUAUUGGAAACAAGUGAAUGUGACGCUCAAUCAAUUGAAUGGAAUCAUUGACGGAUAUGAGGGGAAAUUGAACGGCUAUCGGACCACAGAGGAACUCGUUGCUCAUCCGAUUUUCAAUAUCCAGUUAGCCGGUGAUGGCGAGGAUUUAGCGCUUCUCUUUAAGCGUCCAGAGCAUCUCCGCUCUGCUUGGAAAGGUCAACACUGCUCAGCACUUGUUCGUCUACUACCCGAUCACUCGGAUCUCUACUUCUCGCAUGUCACUUGGUCAAGCUAUUCGACAAUGUUAAGAGUGUUGAAGAAAAUCACGUGGAAAAUGAACUCAAAAGUUGUGCCGGGAAAUUCGUACUCUUUCUCGAGCUAUCCUGGCGCCAUUCCAUCGACAGACGAUUUUAUGCUUUCCUCUUCUGGCUUGGCCAUUCUCGAGACAACGAUCAGCAACUAUAACAAGAAAAUCAUGAAAGAUUUUAUAAAACCGGAAACGGUUCUCUGCUUCAUUCGGGCACAAAUUGCAACAAGACUUUCAACGGGAAAUGCUCAAUGGGCUGAGAUUUUUGCCAAAUACAACUCUGGCACUUACAACAAUCAAUGGGUGAUUGUUGACUACAAGAAAUUCAAACCUGGCUUAAAAAAACUCCCAAAACAAGGACUCAUUCAUAUUCUUGAGCAAUUGCCUGGCUACAUUCAGCACAAAGAUUUGAGUGAAUAUUUGAUUGAUCAGCUUUAUUGGCCUAGCUAUAAUAUGCCCUAUUUCCCUGAUGUUUACAAUGACAGCAUGACGGCGAGUUUCGCGGAAAAGUACGGUGAUUGGUUCACGUAUGACAAAACGCCGAGAGCUUUGAUCUUCAAGAGAGAUUAUGAAAAAGUGGAAGAUAUGGAGAGUAUGAGGAGAUUGAUGAGAUCAAACGAUUACACCAAUGAUCCACUUUCACGUUGUGACUGCGAUCCACCAUAUUCAGCGGAAAACGCAAUCUCUUGCAGAAACGAUCUGAACCCGGCCACAGGUCGCUAUCCAUUCCCCAACUUGGGCCACAGGGAUCAAGGCGGAUUGGAUAUGAAGUUGAAUCCACGCACUGGCACUUAUCCAUUUGAUGCUCUUGGGCAUCGAGAUCACGGCGCAACUGACAUGAAGUUAACGAACUAUCGCCUUCACAAAAAGUUGCGCUUUCAAGCGAUCUCCGGACCAACCUCCGACUCCGUCCCAGUCUUCGAUUGGAGCACUUCGGAUUUAAGCAAAACUGUACCACAUGAAGGCCAACCAACUCGAUGGGAAUUUCCUCCAGUCACCCAUCGAUGGACAACAUUCGGUCUCUACAAACAUGAGCUCUUGAAAGGCUUUAAACCU